CGUGUAGCGGAAUAUAACCGGGGCUAAAAAUGGAAGAAGAAAAAGAGACAAGGAAGGAGCAAAAGCCCAAGGAGGAAGUGGAGGGGUCUGUGGAUGAGGGGGAGGAGCCUUUAAAUGAGGAGGAGGAGGAGCCAGAUGAGGAGAUGGCAGAUAAAGGGGAGAAAGGAUCUUGCCAAGGGAAAAGAGUCGUUCCUGGAAUUCUAUAUUUAGGUCACAUUCCUCCUCGGCUCCGCCCACGGCACAUUCGCAACAUGCUGAGCCUCCAUGGGGAAGUGGGGCGCAUCUUCCUGCAGGCAGAGGAGCGAUUUGUUCGUAAGAAAAAGAAGAAAGCGGGCAGCAAUGCCAAAGACUUCACCGAGGGCUGGGUAGAGUUCCGGGACAAGCGUGUCGCCAAGCUGGUAGCUGCCAGUCUGAACAACGCACCCAUGGGCACCCGCAAGAAGAACCGAUUCCAUGACGAUCUGUGGAACAUGAAGUACCUGCACCGUUUCAAGUGGUCUCACCUGAGCGAGCGGCUGGCCAUAGAGCGGCAGGUGAGGCAGCAGCGCAUGAGGGCGGAGGUGUCGCAAGCCAAGAGGGAGACCAACUUCUACCUGCAGAACGUGGAGCGGAGCAAGAGGUUCAGCAAAGCGGAUCGCAAGAGUGCCGGGGAUGCAGAGGGUGGCACUGCCAACAAGCAGUGGAACUUUACACAGCGCAGGACAGAGGACGAGAUUCAGUGCAUGAAGUCUGUGGGAAAAGCUGGAGACAAAGUGCGAAUGCGAAAGAGAUUGGAAGUGGCCGAGCGAGCGCAGGAGAAAUCUCAGACCAACCGCUCGCUGCUGCACAAGAUAUUUAACCCUACAGGGGGCACAGCAUGAGCUGGGGACUGGCUCCUGGGGGAGCAGUGGGUAAUUGGGAAAAUAAAAGGCAAGUAAUGUUUCCAUGUCACUGACUGUAGCCUAUAGAUUCUGCAGUAUAUCAGGUAUGUGCAGGCCUGGGCUACUUACCCUACCCACUGUGACUGCCAAUUCCAGGCAGCAAUACUGACCAAUUACUACUGCCAGUGGGUGUGGCCUGGAUCUAGGGGGUGUGUAUGGGUUCAGUCCCAUGUUUGACAGUACUGUACAGUGUAAAUAAAAUUCUUACAAAAA